UGUCGUGCGUCGCACUCAAAUGACGUCACUUUACCAGGAAGUCGCGGUUGUGUGAGUUGGAGCUUUGAUGUUUUCUUUCGGUUUGCUGUUUUAAAAGUUUCAAUGACUUAGUACAAUGAAAGUAGGGCGUCCUCGUACAUUUAGCACCCUGCUGCAGUGUAUCCUGAUCUCAGUAGCGGUUGUGAAGGCGAUAGAGCCCGUGUCCACAUCAGUGAUUGUGGGCGCAGGGGCUGUAGCACUGGGCCAAAAACUCUAUCGAUAUAUAUAUGAGGGGUGUGACGAGCAAUGGAUCAACUUUAAUGCAACAGGGCUGACGCAUGAUCUCCAGACAAAAUUGUUCGGGCAGCACAUCGCCUCUCAGGUCAUCCUAAAAGCCGUCACAGGGUUCAUGAAAAAUAAAAACCCGAAAAAGCCACUUGUUCUGUCCCUCCAUGGCUGGACCGGUACUGGGAAGAACUUUGUGAGCCAACUUAUAGCCGAAAAUAUUUACCACAAAGGAAUGUCGAGCAGUUUCGUUCAUCUGUUUACAGCCACAGCACAUUUUCCUCAUGAGGUCCACAUAGACACAUACAAGACGCAAUUGCAGGAAUGGAUAAAGGGAAAUGUCUCCAUCUGUGCACGCUCAAUAUUUGUUUUUGAUGAGAUGGAUAAAAUGCAUCCUGGCCUAAUUGACGGUAUAAAACCAUAUCUGGACUUCUAUGACAACCUGAACGGAGUGUCGUACAGACAGGCGAUCUUCAUCUUCCUCAGUAAUGCAGGAGGAGAAAACAUCGUUCAGGUGGCUCUGAAUUUCUGGAAGGACGGAAAAGAACGUGAGGAGAUUCAGCUGAAGGAUGUCGAGACGGCUCUGUCACUGGCCGUCUUCAACAACAAGAACAGUGGUUUCUGGCACACAAGUUUAAUCGACAAGAACUUGGUUGAUUUUUUCGUGCCGUUUCUUCCGUUGGAAUACAAGCACGUUGUCCAGUGUGGUUUGGCUGAGAUGGCAGCGAAGGGUAUACCCCGCAAUGAAAAAGCCGUCGAACAGAUGGCUCACGAUCUCAACUACUUCCCCAAAGAAGAACGUGUCUUCUCCAUGCAGGGUUGCAAAGUCAUUUCCAGCAGAUUGGACUUCUACAUUUAAAUGAGCGAGAGAGAAAAACAAAGUUUUCAUAAGUGCACAUGA